AUGUGUCCCAGGAAAAGCAAGUCGGAGCUCAAGCGUCUACCACCAGUGGCCAAACCAACCGAGCGAUUUGGGAGGACCGAGGGACCCAAGGUGCUACUACUCGUUGGCCAUGAUGGCUUGCCAGGUGGCUUUUGCCGGUUUCUGGUCUCACAGUCAUGUCUAGAAGCUCUCGGUCCGCGCUGGCAGCAACUCGUGUCCAAUCGAGCGAAAGCCAAGACCAGGAGGCUGUUCAGCACAUUGCCAAAGACGAUCAGCUUGCGGGACGAACAUGCGAAUGCCAUGCGCCUGAUCAUGCACAUUGCGCACUUGCAAUUUACAAAGUUGCCCAAGCAGUUGGACUUUCGGGAUAUGGUCCACCUCGCCGAUAUAGCCGCAAGAUUCGACGCUCAUGGCUUGGUGGUCUCGCAUAUUGAUGCAUGGCUUGCACCCUACCGCGACAGACUUCUACACCCUGGGUACGAGGAAUGGCUGUUCAUUGCCUAUGAGUUUGGAUACGAAACAGAGUAUCUUGAGCUUGCGAAGCACCUCGCGAUGCAUUGCCGAGUCGAUCCGAGUGGAACAUGCCUCCUUGUGCCUGGCAUUGGCGGUUUGCUUGAAGGGAAGUUUCCUGUUGACACUCUUGGUACGUCGAAGACCAAUAGCUCGAUUGCGCUCCAAGAGUGACGCUCACGGAGACACUUGCACUCAUUCUGUAGCCAAGCUAACAUGUGCAGCACAUAUCAAUGAAGGGCGAAGACAAAUCCUGGCUGACAUGCUGAGGGCCACGUAUGAGCUCUGGAGGACCAUCUCCGAAGGCAUCAACUGCAAAGUCGCCAACGAGGACGAGCCGAACUCACGAGAGGUAUGCGCAGCCAUCAACCUCUUCAAUUUCACCAGAUACCUGCGAGGUCUGGAGCUGUUUCCCAUGCUCAAAGACACCACAACUUAUCAGCCCUCGCCUCAGGAGCUCUCGAUUCUACUAUCAAACGCACAACACAUCAUCCCUAUUGGUAUGACAGUCUCGGUCGGCUGGCGAGGAUCAGUGCCGGUCCGAUCGGGACGACACGGUCGAUGUCACAUCGGACAUCAGUUAGCAACUUGUGCGGUGUAG